UUCCGCGCAGAUCGCCUCGGCCUCACGAUCCCCACCCCGCAACACACACACACGCGCGCGCGCGCGUUGGGUUUGCGCAUAAUUUCCAUAAUUUAGUCUGCUCUCGAGGGGACUCUUUUUUGCCGGUAGCACUUUUCAGCAGAUACCCUGUUCCAGUUGAAGUUCACAGCGAAGCAGCUGGAGAAGCUGGCCAAGAAGGCGGAGAAGGACUCGAAGGCAGAGCAGGCGAAGGUGAAGAAGGCCCUGCAGCAGAAGAGCGUGGAGUGUGCCCGUGUGUACGCGGAGAACGCCAUCCGCAAGAAGAAUGAGGGCGUGAACUGGCUGCGCAUGGCGUCCCGCGUGGACGCGGUGGCCUCCAAGGUGCAGACGGCCGUGACCAUGAAGGGGGUGACGAAGAACAUGGCGCAGGUGACCAAAGCCCUGGACAGAGCUCUGAGCAGCAUGGACCUGCAGAAAGUGUCUGCGGUGAUGGACAGGUUCGAGCAGCAGGUGCAGAACCUGGACGUACACACGUCGGUGAUGGAGGACUCCAUGAGCUCGGCCACCACACUGACCACGCCGCAGGAGCAGGUGGACAGUCUCAUAGUGCAGAUCGCAGAGGAGAACGGCCUGGAGGUCCUGGACCAGCUCAGCCAGCUGCCCGAGGGCGCCUCUGCUGUGGGCGAGAGCUCUGUGCGCAGCCAGGAGGACCAGCUGUCACGCAGGCUGGCCGCCCUGAGGAAUUAGCGGGACCCUCCAGGGUGCCACCUCGCAGCUGGAUGUGCAGGAACCCAAGAAGGAAAGCCCAUCCACACCUGCUACGUCCUGCCUCUCUGCUGACCCUGCAGCAGCAGCCGUUGACCUCACUGCCCUCAGCCCCUGUCACCGCCAGCCUGGGGCGUGUCCUGUUCUCUUAGGCUGGGCAGGGGUUCCCUGUCCUGGUGGGUGCGUUUGCACAAACUUCUGUUUUGUGGGUAAUUUCUGUGACCCUGUGCCAACCAGCUGGAGGAUCUGCAGGCUCCUUUCUCUCCCCCACCCUCCAAGGAGUCGAUGGGGACUGGGUAGUGGACGGCGUGUGGUGGCAGCUGGCCGAGCCCCGCCGGGUGCCCAGCUCCGAGACCAGGUGUGUCUACUCCAGGAGCCAUGUCCUCUUUCCACUGCCGCCUCUGGAGGGCCCAGGUGCACCCUGUGACCUCUCAGACCCCAGAGUGUGUGCACAGGCCCCUCCUGGCCACCGAGCAGGCCACCUUGUGGUCCUCGGUGUCGUCCCUGUUGCUGUCUCCUGGCCCUGUAGGUUAUGGGCGCUUCUCCAGGCUGGUUUCUCUUGCCUUGCGUGCUCACAGCAUUGACCUUGAAGCCAGGCUGGCUGAUGGGGGCUCAGGACAGCCACCUUCAGGCCACGCCCAGGAGGGAGCAGCCGCACUCAUGGUGAUAUGGUGAUGGACGGGCUGUAGUUUCUGUUUUUCUAGUUCCUGAUGUUUACUUUGUUUUCUUGAAGAUGUUUUGGGUUUUUUUGAGAGUUUUGGGGUGGGUUUUUUUGUGGGUUUUUUUUUUUUGCCAAAAUAGAAGGAGCCAGUGGCGGAUGGGGAGCGUUGGGCCUGAGCGCCCCCCUGGCAUGACCUCGUGGCAAUUGCAUGGCUAGUACUGACGGAGGCCGGCUCCGUGCACAGUGACCGUUCCCAACCAGGCCUUUCUCAGAGGCUCCAGCUGUCUCGUCUGCCCUCACGCAGUGGCUCUUGCAAACAGAAUAUUGUAGACUUUUAUCUUGACGUCCGCGUGUGCCCCUUCUUGGACUGGGGAGCCCAGGGUGCUCCGUGCAGUGCAUGGUGUUGGGGCGGCCCUGCUGGGCCCUGGCUGUGGGUGCGACCUGAGGGCGUAGGCUCGGGGGGCUGUCUGGCGUUUGUCCUGCAAUGCCGGCCUUGCCUUACAUCCUGGCCUUGGACCAUCGGGGCGCCCACAUGCUGGGGGUCCAGAGAAGGUCCUUGGUGUCCUGGUCCCCAGCUGGGGAGAGGCCAGGGCUCAUCGGAGGGCACUGGGCCUGUUUGCCCUUUGCCUAAAAUGCUGUUGUAAGUAAACUAAUUGACCCCUGA